GCACAGCCGGCCGGCAUUCGCGAGUCGUCUAUCCUCCGGUGCGUUCCGGAGCACAGUGUGACCUGACCCUAAGAGGUCGAUUUACUAUUACACAAACUAUUGGGGCUGUGAGGAGUACAGGGUUAGACGGAUGGAGGCUGUGAAUGGGGUGUCCGAGGGGGACAAAGGGGGGCCGCCGCCCCCGAGCCCCCUCACCGGGUGUUACCUCCUCAUCGUCAUCGGGGAGCCGCACUGCAACGAACACAAGGACAUCAUCCUCCAGAGGGUGGCCAAAGGAUUACUGUCUUGGGACGUAAACGACUGCCUCGUCGAUCUAGAAAAGGAGUUAGCUAUAAUAACCGAACAAGCUCUCGAAGGAGAGGAAGCCAGAUAUGGCGAGCGCCUCAUCCAGUUUGCAUCCGAAAAUUUGGUGACGGAAAUUCUGAUUCACCCGGUGGUGAGCACAUUGGCGCAAUGCGUGAGGAACUUGCUAAGUAGUUUCACACGACAUCGCCACAUUAUUCACGCCGGAUAUACGUUUGCAAAUAACGGUUCUUGGGUAUUGCAGGACGGUACGUUUUCCUUGGCCGACUUUUCCGAGGCUUUUCAGGAGAUCGAAGUGCUGCGAGUGAUACGUGCCUAUGAGAACGGCAUUUCUCUCGACAUCCACUGUGCCCCAGAAGGUGAUUGGACUCGGUUGCCUAAAGAUCCGUUUACGAAAGGGUGCAAAGUUCGUGUGAACCCUAAUGACGUCCUUACGACGGGAUCGCCAUCCAUCAGCAGCUUUAUUAAUUAUUUAGAACCGUUCCUUGUUCCUGCUGAGAUAGAGAGCGUUUUGGAAAGUUCGGAUGUCGUUGGGAAUAUUCGGUUUUCGCGUCCUACGCUCUAUGUUUUUCCUGGGGGACAGGGCGAUGCUGCUUUGUUCGGAAUCAACGGCUUCAACAUGCUCCUAGAUGGAGGCUUCUCGAGGAAGGCCUGUUUUUGGGAUUUCGUCAGACAUCUGGAUAGAUUAGAUGCUGUGUUACUCACGAGACUGAACAAUAGUAACGUAAAUGGUAUUAGUGCUGUUUUAAAAAGGAAAAAACAAAACGCCGUUUAUCCACAAAUCGGACAUUUCUUUUGCAACAUACAGGAAAGAAAAGCCAUCCUUAGUCCAGACGGGGACAAAGACAAAGAUCCCCUUUUAAUAAAUUUAUUGGACGAAGGUCAAGAUAUUGUAUCUAACCUGAGGCACUUAAGCCUCACUCCUCAGGUUUGCUAUCGUGAUUCCGAGCCCAUCAAUUUAUACCAUAAAGUAGGUCACGGUACUUUAGAUAUGUACGUUUUAAGUCCUGCCAAAGACUCCAAAGAAGUCAGAGAGUUCCUACAGAAAUGGAACAAUAAUGACCAAAAAUUAUUUGCCAAUCCAAAAGUAAACAAAGAUUUUGUCUUUCCUCUUCAAAAUCUCGUCUCGAUUUGCGCCCUUCUAGUCUGGCAACCAGCUAAUCCAGAAGACACAAUCACCAGAAUCCUAUUCCCCGGCAGUAGCCCACAAAACAAAAUCUUCGAAGGUCUAGACCGCCUCAAGAGCUUAGAAUUUAUUAAACAUCCAGUGUGUUCAGAAAAAUCCCUCGCUCCAACAUCCAUCAUCAAGACCAAACAAUCCAUGAUUGAAAGAAUCAUCCAAUCGGAAAAACCCGAAAAGAAAAUACCAGUCGAUAACAAGAAACCCCCAAAACCAGACAACAUCGACUCCGAACUGAAAAACGGAGAAAUAAACGGAGUAGCACCCGAAAAAGGCCAACCCGUCAAAAAGUCAGACUCCACAGAGAGCGACAAAAGUAUCACGAAAACAAAAAAAAUCAUCGAAAAUGGAGACAAGCCCAAGCCCAAACCCAAAACCGAACUCAAACCCAAAGCUCGGAGCGAAUCGCAACAAAGAAAAAUCAAAAACGUGGAGAAGAAACCAUCACCAACAACUCCCAAAAAGCAAGUCAACGGAGAACCCAAACCUAAACCCAAAGCUUCCCCCACUGCCACUCCCGCGAAAAGCGCCAAAGACGAAAAUAACCGGAAAGUGGUAGAAUCCAAAAUUAAAUCAGCACCGAAACGAGAACCGCCGCCAAAACCACCCGUCGAGAAAAAAGAACCCAAAACUGAACGCAAACCGAUCUCCAGACGGCCAAAGGACAUCUCCAAAUUAUCGGCAAGUCCGCAGAAAAAAGUUAACGGUGUGCAAAAACCUGACAGUAUAUCAAGGAAAGGCAAACUGGACAAGGAAGGAACCACAGACUCCAGUACUGUUAGUACUCCGUCCGCGGAUCAGGACAGCAUUCUCAAAAAAGACAUAUCAAAGCUGACCACAGACGAACUCCAGAAUCUCAAAGCACAAGAACUAGCCGACUUGCAAGAAGAACAAGAAGCGGUGAAGGAAAUUGAAGCAGUGUUUCGGAAAAGCGAGCUGCAGGAAGAAAAAUCGUCAGAUUUUCGCAAAGUCAAAGAUAUAUCUCUUGAUGAUAAGUUAGAAAGUGAGGAGUAUUUGAUAAUUGAAAAGACUGAAAUUGUACCGGAAGUAGCCGACGCAAACAAGGAGGAAGAAACUCAGAAAAUUGCCCGUGACAGUGAAGAAUCGGAGAAGCAGAGGAGUGGUGAAAAGGACGUCGAGAUCGAGGAGAAACGAACUGAGAUUCAGGACGAAGUCCAAAAAAUCAUCACGUCUGCUAGUGAUAUCGUCAAGGCGAAGGAAGAAACUAUUGAGGCUUCGAAAGAAGCGUCUGUUACUAGUCCCGAGGAUAAAAUUGACGUUUCCACUGAUAAGAAAGACAAUGAUAAUGAAAAUAAAGAAGUUGCUCAAGAAUCGCAACCUGACGAGAAAGGCUCAGCUAAUAUCGAGUCCGGGGCGACUACAACCGCACCCACGUUACCCGAAGAUGAAAGAAUGCCACUCGAUGAAAUUAAGGAAGAUAACGGCGAUCAGAUAAUUGAAGAAAAGCACGUAAAAGAAGAUACUAAGGAAAAAGAUGUUCCUGAGAUAAAACUACCGCCGAAAACGCUCGAUUCGGCCCCAAAAUUGCCACCAGUUGUUGGAAUUCGAUUGGACAAACAGUCUCACAUUCGAGAUAUUGUUAAAACACCAGACGAAGUCGCUGAUUUACCUGUCCAUGAAGAAGUUGAGUUUGAUCAUUUUGAUGAGUACGGAGCGGAUGGUAAACAAGACAGUGAUGAAGGGAAGAAAGAAGAAAAGGACGGUAAACCUGACUCCGAAAAGAAAGUUGAAGAUGACAAAAAGACAAACGAGGCUGUAGAUAAAGAAAAGACUGACGUAGAUAAUAAAAAAGAAGCCGAAACUAAAGAUGAUAAAGCAAAUGUGAUAUCGGAAGACUUAAAUAAGAAGGAAUUAUCGAAAUCUCCGGACGAAGAAAAGGAUACGGAUGAACAUGAAUUGGAGCAGAAGAAAGAGGAAGAAAAAGAAAAGGUACCACCACCUGUUGUCACAGAAGUGAAGAAAGACGAAAAAAUUAAAAAAGAAGAAAAACCUGUUGAAAAUAAAAAACAGCUUGAUAAACGAAAAGAUGAGACAAAACCCGAAGAAAAGGAUGAAUUACAGAAACUUCCUGAAGUCCCCAAACACGACGUUGUUGUUGAUAAACCCAGUGAGAAGGAAAAAUUAAAAGAAGACGUAACAACAAUUCACAAAAUUGACGAAAAACUUCAACAACUCAAAAGUGACGCUGUCGAAACUGUUGAGACAGAAGUUAAGAAAACAGAAGAAAAAAUUGUUCAACCCGCAAAAGAAGAAGUCCAAACUGUCAAAGAAGACGUAAAAAUGAUUGAAAAACUUGAUGAGAAACUCCAAAAACUCAAAGACGAAGUGGAAGAACAACACAUUAAGGCAGUUAGUGAAGUUAUCACCCAUACAGUCGAGGAGCCACAACACGCAGAGCCCGUGAUUAUAACAACUGAUUCCUUGCCAGAAUCGCCAAUGACUGAGGAUCAUAAAAUACUUGAGGACAAGUUGGCUUUAGGCCAAAAAUCGCCCAAAGAGCGAGAAGAAGACGUUGCAAAAAUAGUUGCCAGCGUUGCAGAAGUUUUAAAAUCCGAUGCGCCCUUAGAGGAGUUUGAGGGAAAAAUUCCCUUCACUAUACCCUACAAGACUUACACUACAGAAUUACGAGAAACUCACAUAACGACUGUUGAAUCUCCCGUCACCGAUGAAGCCAAAACAAUAAAAUCCGAACCGAUUUGUCCAAAAACUAGCAGUAGUUAUUUCAUUGAAGAGGAAAGAAAAAUUGCUCCAAUUCAUGAAGAACAAGAAAUUCAGGAAACCAAAGUUAGUAAAAUGAUUAAAGAUUCGAACGAAUUAAUGGAGGCUACCUCGAAAAUCAUUUCCGAUAUUAAACAAGCCCAACCAAAAGAUGAAGAAAUUAAAGAAGAGCAGGACGCUGAUGCUGGCACCGUUCAUAGAAUGUUGGUAACAGCUUCCAGUGAAGAUGGAGGUGAAGAAAUUGAAAUUUGUCCGCCUGGCACUAUUACGUUUUCGAGAAGUUCGGAAAGUUCAGGUCGUUCUUCGCCCGACGUUCAGUCGCAAAAACAGUCGCAAAAAUCGUCGAUUGCUGAUACUUUUUCGGACGGAACGGUUAUCAUAAAAUCAGUGCAAGACGCGAAUAAACUUAUCAAAGAUGAGAUUAAAGAUAUUAAAGACUUUCAGUCUGUGAUCGAUAAGCCUGAUAAUGGCAGUGAUAGUAAAGACGUAGUAGUAGAUAAAACCAAAGAUGAACCAAUAACGGAAAAGAAAGAAACAAAAUUAGACGAAAAAGUUGAACAGACCGUAACAAAAAGUGAGACCGAUGUUUUAGAAAGCACAAAACAAGCACAUGAAUCCAUUGAAACUAAACCAAAGGAAGUACCUGAAGAAAAAGCAACAGAAAAGAAUGAAAUACUCGAUAUUAAAGAAAAUGCUACUCAAGAAAUUCUUGGGAAAGACGAUAUUAAAAAUGAUAUUACUAAAAUCGAAGACUCCAAAAUAAAACCGAAUGAUGAAAAAGACAAAUUGGAGGAAAGUGCGAAAAUUUUAAAAGAAGAAAUUAAAGAAGUGGCGGAAGAAAUUAAACACGAGGCAGACAAGGCAUACGAUACUGCUGCAGAAAAAAUCAAAACUGUUAAGGAAGACGUUGAAUCUAAAGUAGAAAAUGUAGUAAAGGAAGUGGAAGAGACAAAAUCAUUUCUUGGGGGAAUUAUUGGUGAUAUUGGCAAAAGUCUAGUAAAUGAUGCAACCAAAGUUAUUGAUACCAUCCAUAAAGAAAUAGACGAUGUUAAAGACAGUACUAAAACAAAAGUCGAAGAAAUGAAAGAAGAUUUAACAACGAAAAAAGACGCAGUUGAACACGUGGUCAAAGACAUUAAAGAAACAACAGCAAAAGAGACUGUUGGUGUUUUAGAAACUGCGAAAGACGAAGCUAAAGUUGUAGAAGAAAAACUUGUCGAAAAGAAGAAAGAGUUACUCGAGGCUGCAAAAGAUCUUGAAGAUGCAAUCGUUCAAAACGCUGGGGAUGUGGUAGAAAAGAGUAAAACAGAAAUUAAAGAAACCAAAGAAUCAGUUGAAGGGAAAAUCCAGGACGUGAAAGAAACUUUAAUCGAGCAAAAAGCAACCGCUAUUGGUGUAAUUAGUGAUGUGGAAGCGAAAAUUUCAAAAGACGUAGAAGCCAAAGUUUCUGAAGCAAAGAAAGAACUUGAAGACGUGAAAGAUAAAGUGAGUGCUGAGAUUAAAGAAGUUAGUAAACAAGCUGAACAAAAAACUGAAUCUGUGAAACAAGAAAUAGAAGAAGCUAAAACCGAAACGAAAGAACUGAUUGAUGAAAGUAAAAAAGUUUUAGAAGAAACUAAAGAUAAAAUUGCUGCAAAGGCAGAGUCACAGAUUAAGGACCUUGAAACCAAAGUCGAAUCAGUACUGAAUGAUCUUGAAACGAAACAAGAUGAAAUUAAAGAAAAUCUUGCAGAAACGAAGAAGGAGGUUGAGGAAACAUUUGCAGAGAAAAAGGACACAGUGAUGGGAAAAUUGGAGCAACUUGAUAAAGAUAUUACUAAAGUAGGAACUGAUUUGAAAGAUACUGUCUGUACCGUGAGUGAAGCUCCCUUCGCUGCUGCGUCGGACAAAAAGGAAGAAAAUAAAUAUGAUUUAUACAACGGUCUUGAAAGUGUUGAAAAAAUGGUCGUUGACGUGUUGACAGCUGACCGAGAGAAACCAUCAACAGACGACAAACAAGGCGAAAGUAUAGCACACAAAAUCGAGAGCGAAAUUGAGUCAAUUGUUGAAAAAGGAGUUUCAGAAGUAAAGGAGUUUGUUGAAGAAACGAAAGAAGCUGUAACAUCGAUUUUCAAGCACGAUUCCGAAGAAAAAGAGGAAGUUUUAGAGAAGGCAGCUGGUGACAUUGAAAGGAAAUACGAAGUGGUUGCAGAUAUGGCAAAAUCGGUAAUUUUUGAAAAGUGUGAUAAAACUCCCGAAGAAGAGCAUCAAAAGCAAGAAGAAUUUUUGGAAAAAGCUGCUAAAAAUAUCGAGGAUGAAUUCAAAACUGUUAGUGAUAUGUCACAAUCCAUCGUGUUUGAAAAAUACAAGCCUUUGAAUGAGGAAGAAAGGGAGGAAAAGAUCUUGGAAAAGGCAGCGAAAGGGAUUGAAGAGGAUUACAACGCUGUGACAGAUAUGGCGCAGUCCAUUGUGUUUGAAAAGUACCAACCACUGACUGAAGAAGCAAGAGAAGAGAAGGUGUUGGAGAAAGUAGCCCAUGAUAUAGAAGACAAUUUCAGUAAAGUAUCGCAAAUGUCCCAAUCGGUUGUUUUUGAAAAAUGCGAACCUUCUUCAAAAGAUGAGAAAGAGUCGAAGUCGGAUAAACAAGAUGAUAAGAAAGCUAGUGAAGAAACGACAAAAUUAUCCGGGAAAGUUUCCCCCGCAUUAUCCAAAGAGAGUUCAGGAAAGUCAACGCCCGAUGUUAAACAUAGCGAAUUAAUGAAAGCCGAUCAAGAGUCAAAGUCGGAUAAGACAGAAGGCGAAAAAAUCGUGCAGCAAGAAAACCAACUUUCCGGGAAAGCUUCCCCUGCACUGUCGUCAGAUUUAGCCAAAGAGAGUUCAGGAAAGUCAACUCCUGAUAUCAAAGAUAGCCAACCAAUGAAAACCGAUCAAGAGAAACAAGUUUCCGGAAAAGCUUCCCCUGCACUUUCAUCAGACUUAGCCAAAGAAAGUUCGGGAAAGUCGACUCCAGAUAUUAAAGACAGCGAACUUAUGAAAGUCGACCACGACUCAUUAUUAUCGGGAAAAUCAUCUCCAGGUUUGUCUGGAAAAUCGUCACCGGUGUUGUCGGGAGGACUUUCGCCUGGAAGAGCCGAAAGCAAGGACUCUUUAUUGUCAGGAAAAUCAACACCUGAACAGAUGAAACCGGUUGAUAAAGAAUUAUCGGGGAAAUCAUCACCGGCUUUGACAACAGAUGGAAAAGAUAAGCUUGAGAAGACCACAAUCUCAACGGCAGGAUCUGGAAAGUCGUCUCCUGAAACAAAAAUUGAAGAAAAGGCAAAAGAGCCAGAAUUGAAAGAUGUUGAAAAGAAAAUUAAGGAGGAAAAAACUGAUUUGAAGAUUGCCGAAGAAGCGAAAAGCUCAAACAUUCCAGAGAAAAAGACUGAAACUGAAAAAGAUCAAAAGCUUGAACCCGAACUCAAGACAACUUUGGGAGUGCAAGAAACUGAAAAGAAGGCAUCUGUGUCAGAUAUUCAGAUAACUUUGAAGGCUUCUGAAGAAAGUUCAUCUGAGAAAAUUUCCGACGUGUCUAAAACAGACAGUCCUGAAGACCCUAAACAACCAGACGACAAAACAGAGAAUAAAGAUGUCGACAGUAUUGAUUCAGGAAUUGGGACCGAUGUUGAUGGUAAAUCAAAGAAAACAGAAGAAGUCCCUAAACCCAUUGAACCAAAAACCACAGAAAGUCCCUCAAAAACAACAAAAGAAGAAAGUAUAGCUGGACCUUCGACAACUUCUCUCACUCCGGCCAAAACCUCCACAGAAGAAUUGCAUCUUAGCGGCAAGUCGACGCCCGAUAUAGCCGAAGUCGAACGAAUGAAAGAAAUACAAGAAACUCUGAAACACGAAAAACAUAUCCCUGGUAGCUCUACUCCACCCACAGUGCCUGUUAGUCCCAAUGUAAAAGAAAUAUCACCCCAGCCGGAAGCAACCAAAACUCCAAUUAAAUCUUCAAUAACCCAAAUUAAAGACAGCGAACUUAGAAGCUGUACCCCUGGAAGCGACGAUUUCGAAAUCGGCGCUUCCACUUACAGCGACAUUUCUUCAGGUCAGGUCUCGCGAGCCCCAAAUUUGCUAGAAAGCGAGCGAAUUGAAAGCGACGAAGACGACGAUGUCCCAGGCUCGCCCAUGAGCGUCACUUCCCAAGUGGCCCACUCAAGGUCUUCAUCUAGGUACGACUUUGAAGACGAGAGAAUAGGGACUAAACUGGACCCCAUGAACACCUCCUUCUACGGCGCUCUCCCAGAUGAGAACGAACCAGAGUUAGAAUUUGAAAAGGCAAUGGUGGAACACCGCCAGACGCGUGGCGAGGAUUUGGUCGGCGAGGAUUCUUCGAGUUAUUUAUACGAAAUAACCAAAGCGAAAUUUUCGAGCACUCCUGAACCACAAACCCAAACCCAACUGGACCAGAUUAACAAAAAUGGAGCUAGCGAUGUGAUGACCGCAAGUUUUAUGGGGGAUUUACCGAGCGAAAGCAAGAAAGACGCGUUUGAUUCCUGGGGGAAGCCCCUAGGGCUGCCUAGCCCAGCACCGCCGAACGACAACAGGGGAACCCCCAAGAAAGAGCGCAAAUUGCCGCUGAACGUGUCGGCGAAAAAUAAACUCAACGAUGAUAAAAAACGGUCAGAGUCGCCGUCUAAAUACCGAAAUAAGAAAUUUAAUCCUGUUUAUGUUGAUUUGACUUAUGUGCCGCAUCAUGGAAAUGCUUAUUAUUCCUAUGUUGACUUUUUCAAGCGUGUGAGAGCGAGGUAUUAUGUGUUUUCGGGGAUCGAGCCCAGUAGAGAGGUUUAUAACGCGCUUUUGGAAGCUAAGCAAACUUGGGAGGAUAAGGAAUUAGAAGUAACGAUCAUCCCGACUUAUGAUACGGAUAUUCUGGGGUACUGGGUGGCCGAAAACGAGGAACUCUUGACUAAGUACAAGAUAGAUCUUUCACCUUCGGCUAGCCGCUGCACGAUAAACUUACAAGACCACGAAACAUCCUGCUCUGCUUAUCGUUUGGAGUUCUAAACCACCAACAUUCGAUCAUUCAAAUCCAAAUUCAAGUCCAGCAAUAAGUAGAAUGAUUUCACAACGAAUGAGAUUUCGAAGAGAAGGAAAGGCCAAAAUUUUAUCCUCAAAAGUAAACGUCCAUAUAUUGUAAUUCGCCAAGAUAUUAUACCUUACAUCUUCCUUGUUAUUACCUCUGAUUAAAAAAGGAAAUUAUCUAAUUGUUAAUAUAAACACAGUCUUCAACACUUCAUCUAGAACUAGACUAGCUUUUUUGAGCAAUUUCCAAAUUUUAGACUGGAACAAAAACAAAUUUAGGAUUUUACAUAAUUGACCGAAAAUUUCAAUGUUGUUCAAGGUGCACGAGUAUGCACCAAUUUUUUGACGUUCUGGUUUUUCGGAAAAGAGACGUCAAUUUGUGUGUAUAACAAAAUUUAAAUUAUAGAGUAGAUAAUUUUAAAAUAUUUUGUCAGCUAUCAACAUCAAUAGCUCUAGAAUGCGAGAAAUAAUUAAAUAGUUUGCAUUAACUCGAGCCAUAGACAAUCUCACAUCGGCGGCGUUCAUAUUUUAAUAGAAAACUCCAACAAUUCAGUUACGGUUAAUGCUUCGGCUAUGUAAUUAUUUCUUUGGCUUUAUAUGUAUUAAACUAUAUAUCUGAUGUGAUACCCAUAGACUUUUCGUUAGGUUUUCGAUUAUAGAGAUUUAACGACGGUGGAGAGAAUCGAGGCCGUUUGUGCAUUUUUAUACACAUGCUUUGUUCGAUUGUUUGCCAAAGAUAGGUAGUUCACGCCGUAGAUUUGAUUUGUAUUUUUGCGCAACCAGUUUUUUCCUUUGUGGCCUACUGGAGCUUAACGAGUAAGGUGUGAGUGGAAUGACUAGUGCUUACACCAUUUUUUGAGUUCAGUUUAGUGUCUCACAAUUUUAUUCUCAUACAUAGUGACAAACCUCCCUACGUUUUGUUUGGACUAGAUAGCGAUAUUAUGGUAGAUGGGGCCAUUUUAUCUCGAUACCUGAGCUGAACUCAAAAAACUGUUCAACGUGUUCUACAAAUUUCGGUAUUUUGAGCUUGUACUUAGUACACAAUAAAGAUUUAUUGUUAACUAUAUAUGUAAGAUGGUGCUAAAUGAAGUAUGCCUUUGGAGGAUUUUGAUAAUUUUGAGCGACAUCUGGUGUGUGAUAAUAACAGAAUGAGAGACAUUUGAUUGAGUUUAUAUAUUUCUGUAUUGAACCAAACUCACUUUAUUUGGACACAAUUCGUCUUUGUUUGCUUUUUAUUUAUGGACGCACAUUACUGUCGUUUGGUUGGUACCGAAAUAUAUGCUUUACAAAAGGACGUCACUUUAUACUUACGUUAAAUGAAAAUAUUGUAAUUUUAUGUGCAAGUUUCACUUUAAAUUAUCUAUAUAUUUAAAACAUAAUAUAGCUUCUAGUCAAGAAAAUCUGAUCCUUUAGCUUAAAAUGUUAUAAAGUUAAUAAUAUAUUCAAACGCAUUAAUGUAUGGGAUAUGUAUGAGAUUAAAAAAAUUAAACCUACAA